CAAGUGGCGGGCGGGAUCGGACGGUUGCCUCCGGCCACGAGCCCAUCUUCUCGCCGGAGAAUUCGGCGUCUUUCGACGGUCUGUAAAUAACUCACUGGUAAUGGUUGAAAAUGGCGGACACGAAAACGUGGUAAAAAAACUGAUUAUUUAUUUAUUUAGUUAUUUACGGUGAACAUGCAUUCGUCAUUCUUCUCUUACAAUCUUCAUUUUCAUUCAAUUGUGCCCUCUUUGCUUCUCCCUAUAAACUCUCUCCACUUUAUCUUCUCUUUUUCCUCUGUUUUCGGUGUUUAUUUAUAUAUUUAGCAGUUUUGUGCGAUCAAAUUGCCGGUGAUAGAACAUUAGAACGGUUGAUUCUCCGAUCUGGAUCUCGAAUUUGUAUUUCUUUAGGUUAAACAGAGCGAAUGUGUAUUUUGAAUCGGAUAUAGAAAUGUCCGGGAUUUUGAGAUGGAAGAAGCUGAGAGACAUGGCGGUUAUGGCCGCCUGUGGGAGGCGGAUGACAUCAGAUGCGGCGGUAGGAACGGCGUCUGCGUGGAAUGGUGAUUGGCGGAAGCGGACGAGGGGGCUGUUGGGCUCGCUUCAUGCUGGGAGGUGGAGAGAAUCGGUGGUGAACGGAGUUCAGGUGAGGUACAAAUGGGAGAGGGGCGGUUCCUCCGGUGAUCAGGUGACGAGGCGGAUUAAGGUGGAGGUGAAUUGCCCUCGCUGCUCCAAGCACAUGGAUCUCGUCUUCACCACCCGCAACCCCAAACUUUUUCCUGCAUCUGUUUCUGAUCCGAAUUUUGCUUCUGAUAGUGAUAAUGGCGAAAAUACCAGGGGUCUAACUAGCUCUGUGUAUGUAGAUAAUGACUCCAUUAACGGUAAAAAUAACACUAGUGAUCGAAGUGCUAAUCCAAAACAAGGGGGCUCUUAUCACGCAGUGAAUGUCUGCCCCAAUUGUAAGACAGGAUAUUAUUUCCGGCCGUACAAGAUGUCACCUCUUCAAGGAAGUUUCUUUGAGAUUGGGAGGGGGAAAACCAAUUCCACUGGAAAGAAUUCCGAUAAGAGAUUGGCCAAAGAGGCCGAGUUUGCCAAUCAACUCAAGUCUGCCUUCUGGGAGACACUUCAGAUAUACGGCAGUGAGCCUCCUGAGUGGGGGCUACCGCCUUCUCAGCCUUCUGGAAAUGGGGUAGCAUUGCAUACGCCCCCUGGUCCACCUUUUCUCCCUGGUUUUGAUAUCUUUGGAGAAUCUGGUCCCGGUGGAAGUGAGGAGAAGAGUUCUUGGGGUGGGUCUAAUUUGGGAAUAAAUUUACCCACGCCGAAGGAGAUCUGCAAGGGACUAGAUGAGUUUGUCAUUGGCCAAGAGCGUGCCAAGAAGGUGCUUGCUGUCUCUGUUCAUAAUCACUACAAAAGGAUAUACCAUGCAUAUCGGCAAAAAGGAUCAGAGACAGAACCCAUUAAAGAAGAUAAUGACGACAAUGUAGAACUAGAUAAAAGUAAUGUGCUUUUGAUGGGGCCAACUGGUUCAGGAAAGACAUUGCUUGCCAAAACCCUAGCUCGUAUCGUGAAUGUGCCAUUUGUUAUUGCGGAUGCGACUUCUUUAACACAGGCUGGCUAUGUUGGUGAGGAUGUUGAGUCGAUACUGUAUAAACUACUUGUGGUUUCUGAUUUCAAUGUGCAAGCUGCACAACAAGGGAUAGUCUACAUUGAUGAAGUAGAUAAGAUAACCAAGAAGGCUGAGAGCGUGAACGUUAGCAGAGAUGUCUCAGGUGAAGGAGUUCAACAGGCACUACUUAAAAUGCUUGAAGGAACUAUUGUAAAUGUUCCUGAAAAAGGUGCAAGGAAGCAUCCUCGUGGUGAUCAUAUUAAGAUUGAUACAAAAGAUAUUCUUUUCAUCUGUGGCGGAGCAUUUGUUGAUCUGGAGAAGACCAUUUCUGAGAGGCGGCAGGAUUCUUCCAUUGGUUUUGGUGCGCCAGUGCGUGCCAACAUGAGAACUGGUGGAGUUACUGAUGCUGUUUUAACAUCAUCUUUACUAGAAUCUGUUGAGAGUAGUGAUCUGAUCGCAUAUGGCCUUAUUCCAGAGUUUAUUGGGCGCCUCCCUAUUUUAGUUACUUUGUCAGCACUUACUGAGAACCAACUUGUCCAAGUCCUAACAGAACCGAAAAAUGCUCUAAGUAGACAGUACAAGAAACUAUUUAGUAUGAACAAAGUCAAGCUACAUUUUACAGAUGAGGCAUUGAGAUUGAUUUCAAAGAAAGCAUUUACUAAAAACACUGGUGCAAGAGGGUUAAGAGCCUUGCUUGAGAGCAUAUUAACUGAUGCUAUGUAUGAGAUUCCUGAAGCGAAAGCGGGGGAUGAAAAAGUCGAUGCUGUUGUAGUAGAUGAAAAGUCUGUUGGUUCCAAAAGUGCCCCUGGGUGUGGUGGAAAAUUACUCCUCGGUGAUGGUGCUUUGGAACGUUACCUUGCUGAGAGUCGUGAAGAUCAAAAGGGGAAUGUCGACUCCCAACAUCCGGAUCGCGGCGUUGAAUCAGUUUCAUCAAGAGCAAUGAGCAUAUAACAUGAUUAACAUCUCACCUUCACCAUUAUAGGAAUGUGUUGUUAUUAUCAUUGUUAGUGGUAAUAUUUUUAUUAUUUGUGUAAAUUGUAUUCUUUUUUUAUCCCAUAUGUUGUAAAUUGUGGACAUUGAUCCAAUUGUAACACAAUAUACUGAACAUAGUGACAUGCCAAUCACAAGAAAGCUCACAUGAAAUAGGAAAU